AACUCUCCAGCUGUGAUGUGGAAGGCGACUGGCCUUGGUGGAGCAGCUGUAGCUGGACACAGCUCAGACCAGAUUGAGUCUAUGGAACCUGUGAAGGACCGGGUAAUUAAAGUAACAUUUAACGCAGACGUACAUGCUAGCCUGAACUGGAACUUCAGACCUCAGCAAUUGGAAAUAUAUUUGGUCCCAGGCGAAACAGCAUUAGCGUUUUACAAGGCAAAAAAUUCUACUAGCAAACCAGUCAUUGGAAUUUCCACAUACAAUGUGAUACCCUAUGAAGCGGGACAAUACUUUAACAAAAUUCAGUGCUUUUGCUUUGAAGAACAGCGACUUAAUCCACAUGAAGAGGUGGACAUGCCAGUGUUUUUCUUUAUUGACCCAGAGUUUGCGGAAGACCCCAGAAUGGCAGGAGUGGACACUAUCACAUUAUCAUAUACGUUUUUUGAAGCCAAGGAUGGCCAUAAAAUUCCAGUUCCAGGCUACAGCUGAAUAGUUACUAACCUUUUUGUGGACUGUGCAUGUCUUCUGCCAAUCACUGAUAGUAAUUAUUUGAAAAGACAAGAACUGUAACUUAUUCUGACUAUUCCACACAUGAGAAACAAAAUGGAUGCAAGUAUUUCUCAGCAGAUUAUUAUAGCCCAUAUUUUAUUAGUCAGGCAUCUCAAUCAUACCUCCAAAUUAUAACUGAAAGCCUACAUAUGUGUAACAAAUUAUAGUACAGAUUUUUAUUUUUUUUAUUUAUCUUUUUUGUUUAAAAUUACUAUUGCAGUGGUUUCUAACCUUUUUUGUUUUGUGUUUUUUUUUUUCUUUUAAAUGUGCCAUUGCAAAGAAGAAAUUAUUUUAUGAUAUACUAUGUGGAGUUUUGAUACCCUUUAUACUACCAUGAUUGUACUACAGUACACAUUAUUUCACUUGAGUUUCAUAAAAAAAAAAAAAAUGAGCCUAGAAUCUCUUCCAUACUUUACUUGGGAUAAGUGUAAUGUUUUGUGUACAUAGGUGCACUUUCCCUGCAUUCUGUAGAGAAUAGUUCACAUAUGUUGACUAUCUCCUUUGGGUCAUUCCAUGCCAGUUCACCCAGGCAUGACACCCACCGACUUGGAUUUUCAUGAUCCUUUGUACACUUGAUACUACCACAGAGCUACUAACCCAUGUCAAAUUUUUCUGCUCUAGGCCUCACAGAUUUUGAGAUAGAGGGUGUCAUAAUUUUGAAAAAUUGCUGGGGAAUGCCACUCCUGAUGCUCUGUUUUUCUGAGGUGUAUCUGGAAAAAAAAAUCACAUCUCGGUGCCUGAUUCACAUAUCACUUUGAAAUUUGGACCCUUUGUCAAUUGAAAUAUGGAUUUUCUGUAAAAAAAAAAAAAAUUUUUUGCAAUCUUGCUUAACUCUGAGAGUUCAUUAUACAUUCCUUUAUGUCACACUUUUUUAUUUGGUGCAGAAAAAAAAGUGGGUUCAAUUAGCAUUAUGAACCUAAGGCAGAUGAGUUAUGUCCCUUUUCUCUAACGUCCUAGUGGAUGCUGGGGACUCCGUAAGGACCAUGGGGAAUAGACGGGCUCCGCAGGAGACAGGGCACUUUAAGAAAGAAUUUGGAUUCUGGUCUGUUCUGGCUCCUCCCUCUAUGUCCUUCCUCCAGACCUCAGUUUGAAUCUGUGCCCGGACGAGCUGGGUGCUACUUAGUGAGCUCUCCUGAGCUUGCUAAAAAGAAAGUAUUUUGUUAGGUUUUUUAUUUUCAGAGAGAUCUGCUGGCAACAGAAUCUCUGCUACGUGGGACUGAGGGGAGAGAAGCAGCCCUACUCUCUGCAGAUAGGUCCUGCUUCUUAGGCUACUGGACACCAUUAGCUCCAGAGGGAUCGUACACAGGAUCGCACCCUUGGUCGUCCGAUCCCGGAGCCGCACCGCCGUCCCCCUCGCAGAGCCGGAAGACAGAAGCCGGUGACAGAAGCAAGAAGACUUCGAAAUCUGCGGCAGAAGACUCCAGUCUUCAUAUGAGGUAGCGCACAGCACUGCAGCUGUGCGCCAUUGCUCCCACACUAAACCCACAUACUCCGGUCACUGUAAGGGUGCAGGGCGCAGGGGGGGGGUGCCCUGGGCAGCAAUUAGAGACCUCUUUGGCAAAAGUUUGCAUAAUAUACAGUUGGGCACUGUAUAUAUGUAUGAGGCCCCGCCAAAAUUGUACAUAAAAGCGGGACAGAAGCCCGCCGUCGAGAGGCCGGGGCUUCUUCCUCAGCACUCACCAGCGCCAUGUUUUUUCUCCACAGCACCGCUGAGAGGAAGCUCCCCAGUCUCUCCCCUGCAGUUACACGGUAGAAGAGGGUAAAAAGAGAGGGGGGGCACAUAAUUAGGCGCAAAAAUCAAUAUAAACAGCAGCUACUGGGUUAACAUUAAGUUACUGUGUUAGUCCUGGGUUAAUAGCGCUGGGGUGUGUGCUGGCAUACUCUCUCUCUGUCUCUCCAAAGGGCCUUAUGGGGGAAUUGUCUUCAGAUGAGCAUUCCCUGAGUGUGUGGUGUGUCGGUACGUGUGUGUCGACAUGUUUGAGGUAAAAGGCUCCCCUAAGGAGGAGAUGGAGCAAAUGUGUGUGAGAGGGUGUCUCCGUCGACAACGCCGACACCUGUUUGGAUAUGUGUAAUUAAGUGCUAAGGUGAAUUUAUUGCACAAAAGAUUAGAGAACAGACAGGAAAUCUACCCAUGUCUGUCCCUAUGUUGCAGAGACCUUUAGAGUCUCUCAAUGCUCACUAUCCAAAAUAAUAGACACUGAUAUCGACACGGAGUUUGACUCCAGUGUCGACUACGAUAAUGCAAAGUUACAGCCAAAAUGGCAGAAAAGUAUUCAAUAUAUGAUUAUUGUAAUAAAAGAUGAUUUGCAUAUCACUGAUGACUCAUCUGUCCCUGACACAAGGGUACACAUGUUUAAGGGGAAGAAAGCUGAGGUAAAUUCCCUCCUCUCAUGAUGAAAAAGAGCGGGAAUCUCCAGACAAGAGACUGCAGUUUCCCACAAAGGAUUCUCAGGCAGUAUCCUUUCCCCACUAGGGCCAGGAUAUGAUGGGAAUCUUCCCCUAGGGUGUCACGUUUGCCCAAAAGGUAGCCCUGACGUAACAGCUAUUCUCAGGGAUCCUGCAGAUAGCGUGCACAUUCUGGUACACUACUCAGACCGGCGAUUGUGUCGGCAUGGGUUUAUAGUGCUGUGGCAGCGCGGACAGGUACCUGAUCAGCAGAGAUUGAGACCCUAGUAUGUGUGUGUAUAUAUAUAUAUAUAUAUAUAUAUAUAUAUAUAUAUAUAUAUAUAUAUAUAUAUAUAUAUAGAGAGAGAGAUAUAUAGAGAGAGAUAUAUAUUAAAGAUGCUGUCUUAAGAGAUAUGUAUAUAUAAAACAUGCCCAAAGAGACAUGAGUAUACUGGGUCCUAGAGUCAAAGCUAUGUCGAUUUCUGCUUGACGUGUCCUGUAGAAUAUGCAAUGGACAGAUGAUGCCAACUUAAGAGGCAUAUGGAAGGCUGAGGAUUGUGUGGAGAAGGGUUCUCGGACCUGGUAUCCACAGCUAUAGCUGGUAAUUCUGAUAUUUUGCCUUAUAUUCCUGCACAGCCUAGGAAAGCACGACAUUAUCAAAUGCAGCCUUUCGAAUAAAGAAACAAGAAAGUCCGAGGUGCGUCCUUUCUUGCCAGAGGCGGGGGCAGAGUGAAGAAGCUGCACAACACAGCUAGUUCCCAGGAACAGAAGUCCUCCCCGGCCUCUACAAAAAUCCACUGCAUGUCGCUGGGGCUCCACAGGCGGAGCUAGGCCCGGUGGGGGCACGCCUUCGUAAGGUCAGCCACAAGUGGGUUCACUCCCUGUUAGAUCCCUGGGCAAUAGAUAUUGUGUCUCAGGGAUACAAGCUGGACUUUGAGAAGAUGCCCCCUCACCGACGGCCCUGCCGGCUUCCCCCCACGAGAGGGAAACAGUGUUAACUGCAAUUCACAAAUUGUAUCUUCAACAGGUGGUGGUCAAGGUUCCCCUCCUUCAAAAAGGAGGGGGGUAUUAUUCGACCAUGUUGUAGUCCCGAAACCAGACGGUUCGGUCAGACCCAUAUUGAAUUUAAAAUCCCUGAACAUAUACCUGAAAAGGUUCAAGUUCAAGAUGGAAUCGCUAAGAGCGGUCAUUGCAAGCCUGGAAGGGGGGGACUUUAUGGUGUCUCUGGACAUAAAGGAUGCAUACCUUCAUGUCCCCAUUUAUCCACCUUAUCAGGCGUACCUCAGAUUUGUGGUACAGGAUUGUCAUUACCAAUUCCAGACGUUGUCGUUUGGUCUCUCCACGGCACCGAGUAUAUUUACCAAGGUAAUGGUGGAAAUGAUGGUGCUCCUGCGAAAGCAAGGGGUCACAAUUAUCCCAUACUUGGACGAUCUCCUCCUAAAGGCAAGGUCCAGAGAGCAGUUGCUGAUCAGCGUAGCACGCUCUCGGGAAGUGUUACAACAGCACGGCUGGAUUCUAAAUAUCCCAAAGUCGCAGUUGAUUCCUACGACUCGCCUGCCCUUCCUGGGCAUGAUUCUGGACACAGACCAGAAGAGGGUCUAUCUCCCGAUGGAGAAGGCUCAGGAGCUCAUGACAUUGGUCAGAGGCCUAUUAAAACCAAAACAGGUGUCGGUGCAUCACUGCACGCGAGUCCUGGGAAAGAUGGUGGCAUCAUACGAGGCCAUUCCCUUCGGCAGGUUCCAUGCGAGGACCUUUCAAGGGGAUCUGUUGGAGAAGUGGUCCGGAACACAUCUACAGAUGCAUCGGCUGAUCACCCUAUCCCCAGGGCCAGGGUGUCUCUCCAGUGGUGGCUGCAGAGUGCUCACCUUCUAGAGGGCCGCAGAUUCGGCUUUCAGGACUGGGUCCUGGUGACCACGGAUGCAAGCCUCCGAGGGUGGGGGGGCAGUCACACAGGGAAGAAAUUUCCAAGGUCUGUGGUCAAGUCAGGAGACUUGUCUUCACAUAAAUAUCCUGGAACUAAGGGCCAUAUACAACGCCCUAAGUCAAGCGGAGACCCUGCUUCGCGGCCAAUCGGUGCUGAUUCAGUCAGACAACAUCACCGCAGUGGCUCAUGUAAACCGCAAAGGCGGCAUAAGGAGCAGGGUGGCGAUGGCGGAAGCCACCAGAAUUCUUCGCUGGGCGGAGAAUCACGUAAGAGCACUGUCAGCAGUGUUCAUUCCGGGAGUGGACAACUGGGAAGCAGACUUCCUCAGCAGGCACGACCUCCACCCGGGAGAGUGGGGACUUCAUCAAGAAGUCUUCACGCAGAUUGCAAGGCGGUGGGAACUGCCACAGGUGGACAUGAUGGCAUCCCGCCUCAACAAAAAGCUACAGAGAUAUUGCGCCAGGUCAAAAGACCCUCAGGCGAUAGCUGUAGACGCACUAGUGACACCGUGGGUGUUCCAGUCGGUUUAUGUAUUUCCUCCUCUUCCUCUCAUACCAAAGGUGCUGAGAAUCAUAAGAAAAAGAGGAGUGAGAACAAUACUCAUUGUUCCGGAUUGGCCAAGAAGGACUUGGUAUCCGGAUCUGCAAGAAUUGCUCACAGAGGACCCAUGGCCUCUACCUCUAAGACAGGACUUGCUGCAACAGGGGCCCUGUCUGUUCCAAGACUUACCGUGGCUGCGUUUGACGGCAUGGCGGUUGAACGCCGGAUCCUAGCGGAAAAAGGCUUUCCGGAUGAGGUAAUUCCUACGCUGAUUAAGGCUAGGAAGGACGUGACGGCUAAACAUUAUCACCGUCUAUGGCGAAAAUAUGUUGCUUGGUGUGAGGCCAGGAAUGCCCCUACGGAGGAAUUCCAGCUGGGCCGUUUCCUUCACUUCCUACAGUCGGGAGUGGCUUUGGGCCUGAAAUUGGGUUCCAUUAAGGUCCAGAUUUCGGCUCUAUCCAUUUUCUUUCAAAAAGAACUGGCUUCUCUUCCUGAAGUCCAGACGUUUGUAAAGGGAGUGCUGCAUAUUCAGCCCCCUUUUGUGCCUCCAGUGGCACCUUGGGAUCUUAACGUGGUGUUGAGUUUCCUGAAGUCACACUGGUUUGAGCCACUCAAAACCUUGGAGUUAAAAUUUCUCACGUGGAAGGUGGUCAUGCUAUUAGCCUUGGCGUCAGCUAGGCGUGUGUCAAAUUAACGGCUUUGUCACAUAAAAGCCCCUAUCUGGUUUUCCAUAUGGACAGGGCAGAAUUGCGGACCCGUCCACAAUUUCUGCCAGAAGUGGUGUCAUCCUUUCAUAUGAACCAACCUAUUGUGGUGCCUGUGGCUACUCGUGAUUUGGAGGAUUCCGAGUUACUAGAUGUGGUCAGGGCUUUGAAGGUUUAUGUAGCCAGAACGGCUAGAGUCAGGAAAACUGAGUCGCUGUUUAUCCUGUAUGCAUCCAACAAGCUGGGUGCUCCUGCUUCAAAGCAAACUAUUGCUCGCUGGAUCUGUAACACGAUUCAGCAGGCUCAUUCUGCAGCUGGAUUGCCGCUUCCAAAAUCAGUAAAAGCCCACUCCACAAGGAAGGUGGGCUCUUCUUGGGCGGCUGCCCGAUGGGUCUCGGCAUUACAGCUUUGCCGAGCAGCUACUUGGUCAGGUUCGAACACUUUUGCAAAGGUUUAAAAGUUUGAUACCCUGGCUGAGGAGGACCUUGUGUUUGCUCAUUCGGUGCUGCAGAGUCAUCCGCACUCUCCCGCCCGUUUGGGAGCUUUGGUAUAAUCCCCAUGGUUCUUACGGAGUCCCCAGCAUCCACUAGGACGUUAGAGAAAAUAAGAUUUUACUUACCGGUAAAUCUAUUUCUCGUAGUCAGUAGUGGAUGCUGGGCGCCCGUCCCAAGUGCGGACUUCUUCUGCAAUACUUGUAUAUAGUUAUUGCUUAAAUAAGGGUUCUGUUUGGUUGCAUCAGGGUUGAUCUGAUGCUCCGUUGUUGUUCAUACUGUUAACUAGGUAAGUUUAUCACAAGUUAUACGGUGUGACUGGUAUGAGUCUUGCCCUGGAUUCCAAAAUCCUUUCCUUGUACUGUCAGCUCUUCCGGGCACAGUUUCUCUAACUGAGGUCUGGAGGAGGGACAUAGAGGGAGGAGCCAGAGCACACCAGAAUCCAAAUUCUUUCUUAAAGUGCCCUGUCUUCUGCGGAGCCCGUCUAUUCCCCAUGGUCCUUACGGAGUCCCCAGCAUCCACUACGGACUAACGUAUACUUUGAAAGGCUAUAAAAGAAAUAUAAUGGGAUUUUGUUUGCCUGUAUGAGUAUUUUAAUGUUUAAGUUAUAAUUAUCUCGUUAAAAACUAAACUUGGCAUUAGGUAUAAUUUUGCCUGCCAGAGGAGCAUUUUCAUAUGUGUAUUUCUAUGUGUAUGUGCAGAUUUCCAAUUACACAUAGGGGUAUAUGCAAUUGCGGUCGAAUUCCCGAAAUUGUCGAAUUUCAAGUCAUUUUCGACCAAAAAAAAAAAUCGCCUAUGCAAUUCAGUGCUUUCCGACCAAAAAACGGACUUUCAAAAUUCGACUUUUUGAAAUUCGAAUUUUUGCAAAUUCGACUUUUCUGCAAUGAUACAAGUGCUGCAAUUCGACCAAAGCAUAUUCAAUUCAAGUUUGGAAAUUCGACAGCAGUGCUUUUAGACAGCAAAUUCGUCAUUUUCAAUCCACCACACUUUGGAGGGUGAAAACAAAUAAAAAAAUUUUAAACGUU